AUGGCUGCCAUGGAAAUCUCUAGUGAUGAAGAGAGUCCCAGAAAUGGGGGUACGAAGCGGGGGACUGUUGUGGAUUUGUCAGUGGAGGAUGAACCUGUUACCAAUGAGUUACUGAGCCUGGACCCUCUAGUGGGGAAUAUCCAUGAAAUGCGACAGAAGCUGGUGGCCAUGGAGAGCGGUGCCAAAGAGGACGUGGACAUGGGAAGCCCCACUGAGGUUUUCGAUGAAGAGUACCAGAGUGAGUUAGAUGCAGUUUGGAAAGGUGAAGAGGGCCCAGAGGUUGCAACUGAACAGCGUGACUUGCAGCAAGUGCUGGAUGUUAUCCUGAAGAGACAAGCCACCGUAGACCUCUCAGGUGAACAGGCAGCAAAGGUCGUCAAGCCCGUGGAUGGAGGUAUGGGACUGAGUGAGAAGUUGAAGCUCAAGCCCCACAUACCGGAUUGCCUGAAGAUGCCUUGGGAGAGAGGUUUCGCUGGUCUGGUUUUAGGCAAAGCACCAGAAGUGAUGGGGAUGCCCAACCUUAGUGCUAUGAAAGCUGCUCUGAUGGUCGAGGAAGAGAUCGUGGAGCCGAAGGAGGAUGACAAGAUGCCAGCAGAUGUCUUCGUGAGAAGCGGGUUCAAACCUCUUGACAGAGAACGCAAAGCCUGGCAGCAAGCUGAGGCCGACGAGAGGACGAAGCUCAUGGCAGGGUGGAUGGUGGUCAUCCAUGAAGCUGGAGACCAAUGUGCGGCCGGGCAGAUGUUGGAUGAGACAGGCGAGAACGUGUUGGAGGACAUCUUUGCCCGUAAGAAAAAUGGCACCCUCCAAGUGAGGCUCAGCGCAAUGAUGCUGUAUGUCAGGUGGUGCAAAGCCAGAGAUCUUGCAGCUUUUCCUCUGCGUGAACAACAAGUGUACCAGUAUGUGGAUGAUCUCAGAAAGAACCGAGCUCCUGCAACCAGAGCAGGCAGUUUCAGAAGUGCCCUGGCAUUUUGCAAGGGCACCCUGCAGCUCAAAGGCGUUGAUGAGGUGCUGGACAGUGGCAGGAUAGCUGGAUCAGCACAUAGGAGCUACGUCACAAAGAGGGUUCUGAGACAGAGGGAUGCACUCACUGUCCACCAGAUCCAGACUUUGGAAGCCUUGGUUGAGAACCCGCUGGCCCCGCUACAAGAUAGGUUGUUUGCUGGGCACUGCCUGCUGUGUGUGUACGGCAGACUGAGGUUCGGAGACAGCCAGGGCAUCGAGGAAGAGCCGAAGCUUGAUGGGGACUACAUAGAGGGAGGGACCACUAUCCACAAGACGGACUCCCUCGUGGGAAGGGCAAGGAGAAUCUUGCCAGUGGUGGCCCCAAGCAGGGGAGUCUCAGGAGUGGCAUGGGCUGAAGAGUUCUUGAGGCUGAGAGCUCAAGCUGGCCUGAGAGCUCUCCCUUGUCGCCCCUUCAUGCCAGCCCCCAUCACAGGUGGAGGAUGGAGCCAGAGCAGAUUGUCCACCUCCGAGGCAUCCAACUGGCUGUGUGAGCUGCUGAAAAGAUACUCCAUGGAGAAGAUGGACAUGAGCAACGUGAUCAAAGACAUCAGGAUGUAUAGGUUUCGACCUGACCUGCCAAGAUCCGAGAGAUGGAAGGAUCCGCCGGCAGAGAUGGGAGAUGCUGAGGAUGCUGAUGACGACUUGCUGGUGGAGGAGAGAGGCGACCUCAGUAUGGAGGAGAUCCCAACGCCUGGUAAGAAGAGUGUGAGGUUGGCCGAGGUUGGAGAGCUGUCGACAGAGAGUGAAGAGUCCGGAGGUGAGGUGGAUGAAAGUGAAACUGAGCGCAACCUCGAGGCAGUUGUACAGGCGGUAGUAGGUCCUCCGAAGAAAUCAGGUGUUGAUUUGUACAGGCAUGGUAUCACAGGCACCAUACAUAGAGCCAGCACUGAAGAGGGUAAGCUGGCGUGUGGCCGUAAGAUCACUGCUGUGAUAGUCAAGUUAGAUGAGCAAGUGCAUGCAGUUACUCCAGAGCCCAACUGGAGCAAUGAUCUCAGCUCGUUGCGACGAAAAGUGAGCGCAGUGGAGUGUCUGAGUGAACUAGUCUGGUGCGCAGUAGCUGAGCAUCAUGGCGAGUUGCUGAGUGAGUUUCACUUGGCGGAUGUGGAUGAUCGAGGGAAGUCCUUCGGUGUGAAGUGCGACUAUGAGGACUGCCGGUGCAGUCGGUUUUUCUCUGAGUGGUCUGAUGCCGCUAGCGACGAAGUGGCUCAAGCCGCAGUGACCGGGGACAUGGCGACUCUGACAGAGUCCAAGGCCGUGUUCGAUGCGAAGUUGAAGGAGAAUGGGCUGGAUGGCUACAAGCUGCUGAUGAGUGGCAAGGGAUGGACCACCCUAUCCACCUUUGCCUUUGCAAGCAGCUGGGCACCGGGAACAGGGGACGAUACGGCUUUCAUGGAGCAGGUGGUGAGGCCGAUACUGGGGAGGAACGAUCACCAGGAUCUGCCGAAACUGAGGAAGCUGUGCCAUGAGGCCUACACGAUAGUGGCCGCAGAGCUGAGGGCACGCCUGGAGGGAACACAGGAAGCCGAUGGGAGCAAGACCAGGAAGCUACCACCAGUGGAAAGGAAGACGAGGUGGGCGCAGGUGAAGCAGCGCUACCCUCACCUCCAGAUAGGUGAUCAGCUGGAGCCGGCACAUCAUGUGGUAGACAAGUGCCAUUCAAUGAAGGUUGAAGGCGAAUUGCGCUACCUGGCGCCUCAUGAAAUCCCAACCAGGGAUCAAGAGAUGCAGAAUGUGAAGACCGAGGAGCUGAUCAAGAAGGACGCAAGUGGCCACCUGAAGGCGCAUGACGAGACCAAACUGCCAGACGCGGACCUGAAGACCGACCUGAGGAUGAGGCAGGCAUACAUGCGCAGAGGGUUGGCCAUGGAAGUGGCCGAUAUCAUGACUUACACAAGUCAUGAGAAGCUGGUGGACAGGAUGUUCCAGGAGUACCAGAGAGAGCCACCCAUGGGAUAUGCCCAAGUGACGCUGAAGCAAUUGGCCGAGGCGGACCGGAGGGCAUGGAAGCUCAUGGCAGAAGAUCUCCAAGGUGACUUGGGCAGGGACACCAAUGGUGAGCGUCUGGCUGACCUGGCGGUGGACAAAGUCUUGGUGCACCCAGCCUUCACCACCUUGCUCAUGCCGUUGCCCGGCGCCAGAUCAUCAGCGGCGGCAUCAUCUGGUGACCAGGACACAGAGCCAGUGGGGGCCGGCAAACGAAAGCUGAUGAAGGAGAACCAGCGCCUGAAGGAGAGAUUGCGUGAAGCUGAGAGCUCGCAGAAGGACAAGAAGGGCAAGCACCAAGAAGCCCCAGUGACCCCUCAGGUCAAGAAGAUGCCCAUCAAGAUGCCGAGGGAGCUAUGGGGGUACCAGCCCAUGAAGAAGGGCAAGAGGAUCUGCUAUGGGUUCCAGCUGAACAACUGCACCAACAAGGUGCAGAAUGGCGAGUGUGCAAAAGGGCUGCAUGUGUGUAUGAAGUGCUGGAAGGAUGACCAUGGAGCCCAACAAUGUUCCCAAUGACCCGACGGCCGCACAGAUGUGAGUGGGGCAGCUGAUUUUAAGUCUGCUGAUGCAAGCAUCAGCCCGGAAUCCAAUCUUUGUACAGAUAUGCACCGUGAUGGUGCACAUGACUCCGCCGAGCUAGGUGAAA